AUGGCAGACAGAGGAGCACCAAGAGGAGGAUCAGGAUUUCGUGGAGGAAGAGGUGGUCAGGGAAGAGGAGGAGGCGGUGAUCGUGGCAGAGGUGGUCAACACAGAGGUGGAAAUCGUGGAGGAAGAGGUGGACAUGCUUCAUCUUCAUCUUCAUCCGCUCCAGUGAACACAUCAGCAGCAGAAAGACCGAAAAAAGAAGCAAUUUUGGAUCUUGCAAAACAUGUCGAUAAACGAGUUCGAGUUAAAUUUACCGGAGGUCGUGAAGUGGUUGGAAUUUUGAAAGGAUACGAUCAAUUGAUGAACUUGGUCAUGGAUGAUGUCGAGGAAUAUAUUCGUGAUCCUGAAUCAGGUGAUCUGACCGAAAAGACUAGACCAUUAGGUCUCGCAGUUCUACGUGGAACCGCUCUUACCGUUCUAAAUCCCGCCGAUGGAUUCGGUCAAAUCUCAAAUCCUUUCGUACCACAGGAAUAA